AUGGUCAAUUCAGACAGUAACAUCGCUAGCUUGGACGAGCUACUGGGCAAGGUGACGUUCCAAGCCUUUGUCACAGGAUUAUCGGCCCGGGUACAAGAAGGCAACCUGGAGAUCAUGGCUUCAAUCGAAUUUCUUGAAAAAUAUGACUACGCCGCCGGUCUAAGCAGCCUACGAGAGAGCCACACGCAUUUAGUAUACAACGACAGCGAUGAGCAGCCCCAACAUACGCUCUUCCAGAUUCUUGGUUUCACUUACCGGACAGACUCCGAACUCGCUGCCUAUCGUCUCAUUCAGCAUAUUCUUAACCCCCACAACAAAGAAGCCACUUCCACUGUGAAGCCAUUCGGCUUCGUGGAAACUCCCAUUGCUGCCUCUGAUAAUGAUUUACCCAAAUACACAUCCUCUCUAUUUAUGGAGGCACAAAGAUGGGGUGAGAUACCUCAUCAGGAAGAUAUGAUGUCGAGCUUUGAUCCACCACAGUUUGAGGUCAAGAUUAGUUUCCGAGGGGUGACGUGUACCGGAGUCGCACAGAGGAAAAAGGUAGCCCGUCAUUUGGCGGCGAGGGAAAUCUGUCAAAGGUUAAAUAUCGGCAUUUAG